UUGGUUUGAUGCUAUAGUUGUGGUUGUGUUUCUUAUCAAUAGAAUGCCUAGUGUUUUUCUUUUCAUCACAAGUCCCCUUUUGAUGUUUUCUCCAUUCAAUCCUAGAUCGUUCCUUCUUCAAAGUGUUUGGCUGCCAAUGCUUUCCUUGGCUCAACCCAUAUGCUACUCAUAAGCUUCAACCAAAGUCUGUGCCUUGUGUCUUUUUAGGAUAUUAUCCAACUAUUAAAGGUUAUAGGUGCCUUAAUCCAUUCACUGGUAGGGUUUAUAUUUCUAAGCAUGUGCUGUUCAAUGAGACUUGUUUUCCUUUUUUAACAAAUCAUUUAGUUGCACCUCCUUCUUCAACACCUGGUUGUUAUGAAAUGAAUUGUAAUUACAUUAUGGGCGUCUUCUUCACCUAUUGUCUCUUCUUCUUCAGCUCAUAUUUCUUCUCCUUCACCUUCAGGUCAUAUUCCUAAUCAUUCAAGUCCUAUUUCUUCUAAUCCUUCGAAUUUUGUAUCUCCAACUAUUUCUAGUUCUUCUAAUCAGUCUAUGCCUCUUUGCUCUACACCUACCUCUGCUGCAAUUCCUAUAUAUUCUAUUUCAAUUGAUAUAUCUCUUCCUUCACGUCCUCCAUCUUCUUUUCCUUCUUCACCUGCUCCUAUUUCUAAUGCUCAUCCAAUGCUUACCAGGUCUAAGGCUAAGCAUCCUCUUUGUCUCACUGUUUCAUCCUCUAUUCUUCAAACUAAGCCUCUUACUGUCAAAGAAGCUCUUGAAUCUCCUGUUUGGGUUGCUGAUAUGCAAGAAGAAUAUCAAGCUCUUCAACGUCAAGGCACUAGGGAUCUGGUUCCUUUUUCUUCUAACCAGGUUACCAUUAGCUGCAAAUGGGUUUUUAUGAUUAAAAGGAACUCUAAUAGCAUGAUAGCUAGAUAUAAAGCAAGGUUGGUGGCCAAAGGCUAUUUGCAACAAGAGGGUAUUGACUUUCAAGAGAUCUUUAGCCCAGUGGCUAAGCAACCUACAAUUAGAAUUAUCUUGUGUUUAGCUCUCCAUUUUCAAUGGCCCAUCAAGCAAUUGGACAUCUCUAAUGCUUUUCUUUAUGGCAAAUUGGAGGAAGAGGUAUACAUGUUGCAGCCACUUGGUUUUGUUUAGAAUUCCACACAAGUUUGUAACCUCAAUAAGGCACUUUAUGGGCUUAAACAGGCCCGAUAGGGUCUGGUACUCUACUUUUUCCUCCCUUUUGCUCAAUUAGGGGUUUCACAACAGUCGAUCUGACACCUCUCGCUUUAUCAAACACACAGCUACUAUUCUCACAGUCCUUAUGCUUUAUGUUGAUGAUAUAUUGUUGAAUGGUAGUGCUCCUGCCUUGAUUACUUACCUUCUCUUACAGAUGUAUCACACUUUUUCAAUGAAAGAGCUUGGUCAUGUGUCUUAUUUUUUGGGCAUCUCAGUGCAUACUCAGGCCCGUGGUUAUUUUUUGCCUCAAGAGAAGUAUGCAGCUAAGCUCUUGAUCAAAACAAGUCUAGUGGAUUGCAGGCCCUGCUCCACACUCUUAGUUGUCAAACCAUCUACUUCUCCAACUGAUUCGCUUCCUUUUUCCCAACCUUCUUUGUAUAGAAGUGUGGUUGGAGGCCUACAAUAUCUUACCAUCAUUAGGCCUGAUCUGGCUUUGGCAGUUAACCAGGUCUGUCAACACAUGCACUCUCCCACCAAUGCUCACUUUCAAGCUGUGAAGAGGUUGCUGAGGUUGGAGAUAGCUUGGAUAGAAGAUCUACAUUUGGCUACUCUGCAGGGCUUACUUGGCUACAGUAGUUGCUUAAGGAUAUGUUUCUUCCCCGUUCCUCUGUUCCAGUUCUUUGGUGGGACAACCUGUCAGCCAUGGCUCUGGCUUCCAAUCCAGUAUUUCAUUGCAGAUCCAAUCAUAUAUUGAAAUAGAUUGUCAUUUUAUUAAAGAGAAAGUAGUGGCCAAGCAAAUUGAUCUCAGAUAUGUCGCAACUGCAGAUCAAAUUGUUGAUGUGUUUAUUAAGCCCUUAACCACCUCCAGGUUUCAUUAUCUCAAAGACAAGCUCUUGAGGGGGGAAUGAUGAGAUAACAAACCAAGAUUCAGAGAAGCAGCCAUCUCAGCUGCAGAUGCAAGCAUUAGUGCAGCAAUCCAAGUCACAA